AUGGCCGAUGAUGACUGGCCCGGCGGUGCAUUCCUUGCGCCGAGCUUCUCAUAUCAGAAGAUGAGGCUCUCAGCGCUUGGGCUGCCGACCCCGCUCGUCUACGUGCCCUUGCUGAGCGCGCGUGCCUCUAGGCGUCAUGUGAGACCGGGGGGGGAGGUCCGCCAGCACAUCAUCCGUUGCCAGAAGAUAUGCGACCGCGACCGCGCCAAGUGGCACGAGCUGCUGUCGAAUCGCCUGCGCCUGGUGCGCGAUGCCCGCCUGGCCAUCGCCAGCGAGCAAGCGGAUCAACCCUAUGCCGACCUCCUAGUCAGUGAGGCGACGCGGCAGUUCGAGACGGCGCUCCAGAUGAUUGCCGUCGCCAGGGAUCUCAUUCCGCCAGACGGGCCACCGCUACCGACCGCAGGAGCUGCUGCACCCAACGUGGAGGAUGUUCCCACGAACGACGAGCAGGGCGGCCAGGAUAUGGACAUCGAUGACGCCGACACGGACGCCGCCAACUUGAUGCAAGUUCGCGCCUCAUCUGCGGGGCUACUGGCGGUGGAACGCCAUCGUCGCCGUCGCCCUUCCCGCGCAUUGCGGGCCUGGAUCUCAGCGGGACUCCGAUCCCCCUACGCCAGUGGCGACCAGGUGCUAGAGGAGAGAUCUGCAGAUCGGGCCAGAACACUGCUGGACAUGCGAGCGGGCAAGCGGAGGCAUGCGAUGAAGAUGGCCUCAUUCAACAGUUCAGGUUGGCCGCAGAUGCAGGGCUUUUUGGACCAGAUGCGUCGCACUCAGGUGGUAGGCUGGCAGGCCUUCGUCAGUGACGCGCAGCUCAGUGACGACGGCAAGACCCUUGGUGGAGUUGGGUUUUCCGUUCGGAGGCAUAUCAACGCGGCGCCGUUGCAGGCGUUCGCUGCCGCGCACGAGCUUAUUCCAGGGCUCAGUGUGGUCAUGCUGAUUCAGUCUGGGAUUCGUGGCGGCCUCAUUGUUGGCUCGACGCGCUUGCAGCAGGGGCCCCGCUUGAGCGGUUUCAACGUGGACCACCUUCGCACCAUUGGUGAGCGCCUCAGCUUCUACGCCACGCCGCUUGCCAUAGCAGGUGACUGGGACGCACCGCCGGAAGUUUUGCAGAUUCCAGACUUUCCGCUGAGGUUGCGGGCCGCAGCAGUUGCCUCCGAGGACGGCACCUACAAGGGCCCCGCCACAGCCGGCCACUCGACGUUGGACUACUGCUUUGCCUCCGACUUUCUCGCUGCCACCAUGCCGACACCAUCGCGAGUUUGCGGGCCCCCACCUCGGCAGCGCUAUCCCAUCUGCACGGAGAUUGGACCACGGCCGCGCAGCCAGCGCCUAUGUCGACUUGUCAAGCCGCACUUGCUGCCACCCAAGCCUAAGGAGAAGCCUUUAGAUGGCGAUGGUCAGGGCGACGAGCCGAACUUCCUUUCCCGAGGCGUGACCUCAGCGAACUGGAUUCGCGCGACGAUUCUGAGCAGGGCUUCGGGCAAGCGCAGCACCAUCAUGAGCGCCUCCAGCACCUGGCCGCCAGCCUGUGCCACGGCGUUGAG